GCAGACGCGCCCGGGAGGCCGAGGACUAGAGCAGCUCCGGCUCCGGCUCCCGCUCCACCCGCCCAGUCAGCUCCCGGCUGGUCUGCGGCCACCGGGACGCGUCGGGCAGGGCCGGCGGGCGGCGUCGCCAUGGGCUCGGGUUGGAGCAGCGAGGAGGAGGAGCGGCAGCCGCUGCUGGGGCCGGGGCUCGGGCCUGCGCCGGGGGCUGCGCGCAGGGGCCGGGAGGCGACGGCCGUGCUGCCUGCGGCGGGCCCGAACCCCGGGAGGGUGUACGGGCGCCGCUGGCUGGUGCUGCUGCUCUUCUCGCUCCUCGCGUUCGCCCAGGGCCUGGUCUGGAACACCUGGGGCCCCAUCCAGAACUCGGCGCGCCAGGCCUAUGGCUUCUCCGGAUGGGACAUCGCGCUCCUGGUCCUCUGGGGGCCCAUAGGCUUCCUGCCCUGCUUCGCGUUCAUGUGGCUGCUGGACAAGAGAGGUCUGCGGGUCACUGUGCUUCUGACGUCAUUUCUUAUGGUUUUGGGAACUGGUCUACGAUGCAUACCUGUAUCAGACUUAGCCCUUAAGAAAAGGCUAAUCCAUGGGGGACAGAUACUGAACGGACUGGCAGGUCCGACUGUCAUGAAUGCGGCGCCAUUCCUCUCUACGACGUGGUUCUCUGCUGACGAGCGAGCCACUGCCACAGCAAUCGCAUCAAUGCUGAGUUACCUCGGUGGAGCGUGUGCGUUUCUCGUCGGGCCCCUGGUUGUUCCAGCUCCCAACGGGACGGCACCCCUUCUCGCUGCGGAGAGUAGCAGGGCUCAUAUUAAAGACCGAAUCGAGACCGUGUUGUAUGCAGAAUUUGGAGUUGUCUGCCUAAUAUUCUCUGCCACGCUAGCUUAUUUUCCGCCCCGGCCUCCUCUUCCUCCCAGUGUCGCUGCUGCGAGCCAGCGGCUGAGUUACCGGCGGAGCUUUUGUAGGUUACUAAGCAAUUUGAGGUUUUUGAUGAUUGCUUUAGCAUACGCAAUACCACUUGGUGUGUUUGCUGGCUGGUCUGGAGUUCUGGACUUAAUUUUAACACCAGUGCAUGUCAGUCAAGUAGACGCUGGCUGGAUUGGAUUCUGGUCCAUAGUUGGAGGCUGUGUUGUUGGGAUAGCUAUGGCAAGGUUUGCGGAUUUUAUCCGGGGCAUGCUGAAACUGAUCCUGCUCCUCCUGUUUUCUGGGGCUACCCUGUCGUCCACGUGGUUCACCCUGACCUGCCUAAACAGCAUCACCCACUUGCCUUUGACAACAGUGACAUUGUAUGCCUCCUGCAUCCUCCUGGGAGUGUUCCUGAACAGCAGCGUCCCCAUAUUCUUUGAGCUUUUUGUGGAAACGGUCUACCCCGUUCCAGAAGGGAUCACCUGUGGAGUUGUCACCUUUUUAAGUAAUAUGUUCAUGGGAGUGCUUUUAUUUUUUGUCACAUUUUAUCAUACAGAGUUGUCUUGGUUCAACUGGUGCCUUCCUGGGUCGUGUCUGCUCAGUCUCCUUCUGAUUCUGUGCUUCAGGGAAUCCUAUGACAGACUCUACCUUGACGUGGUCGUCUCGGUUUAAGAAGACAGACUUGUAGGACUUUAAAGGGACCGUACUUUAGUAGUGCACCUUUGCUUGGGUGCACAUGCAAUGGGAGAAAAGGCGAAGAAAGAGAUUUCUUUCAGAGGUUCUGUUAAGUUACAGAGUCUCACAUUAAUUUAAUGACUACUAGGUAAUAAUAGUGCAGGACGUGAGUGUCGUGAGGAUGUGAAAACUCUGUGGACAGCACAGCUGUGUUGGCGGCACUCUUGUGUGGAGCUGUGACAGCUCACACAGGACGCACUGCCCGAGUUGGUCACCCCCAUGUGCACUGUACCCGUGCUGACCCACUGAUGAGCUGAACUACGGCAAGAAGCAUGGGUGGUCCUAUGAAGAUGACCCCUCCCAGGCACACAGCAGAGGGAUGGGACUCACGCCGCUAACUUCUGAAGACAUCAGAACCCUGCGUCAGACUUUAAUUACAAAAUAGCAGAGCUGUAUACCAGUGAUAGAAGUUAGUCCUGUGUACACUACAUGUUUUUCUAAUAAAGCCAUUUCUUAUAUGACUCCUUACUUUUAACCAGGUUGGAAGCCUUUCACUGUCCUUGGGAACAGGCCCUGGCUCCUUCCCACCCACCCUUGUUUCUGUGAGUAUGGCGUCAGUCACGCCAGCAAGGUAACGAAAUGCCUGAUAGGGUUGCAUUAACUGUUGUGUGAAAAGCGUAACUCUGUUAUGAUUUAGCACUUUGUUAAAAAUGAACUGAGAACCACAUGAAGCAUGUGUGUCUUCAGACGUGUGUGGCACACGUGUAAAGUCCAGCACCCACUGUAACUUACCAGGUUAGAUUGUAGUCAGAUGAGCCCCCACUUGAAAAGAACAGUGUAUAACUUUGAAGGUUUGAAGAUCUGUGCGUGAUUUCUGAAUUGCACCUGUGUAUUUUAACUUAGAUUGUAAUAUACUCAGUUCUAAAUGAAGUCAUUGUAUUUGAUUGGACAGAUUUUUGCCAAUACCUAUUUCUUUCUAUAAAUAAUGGAUUUUUAAAAAAAACAAAAACAAAAACAUACUCAUUGCAUGGCUCCUGGACCCGUCUUUCAGGAGGUCAUAAACUGACUGUGGCGGGCCUGUGACACUGACCACUGGUGUUCCGUAGCUCCUCUUAGACAGAACCUUCCCUAAGCUUCCAGAGCCGCAGCAACUCCAUUGCCAGCCAGUUCUCCUUACAGCCCAGUCUCGUGCAGGCAUCAGCAGCUCCUGGUAGCCCGGGUGGACAGGCUGCGCAGUACUGACUUCUGCUCACCCGUGUGUACCAUUGCACACCUGCAGACGCACCUCUCACCAGAAAUUCACGAUGUACCAACUUACCCGGGUCUUGAAGGAGGGUUCUGGGAUUGCCCAGUAUCUUCUGAGGCUCAAAAUUGUGAAGUCAGAGGGGGAAAGUCCUCAGAGUUAACACCAGUCUUUAGUCACCUCUGUGUCGAUUCCAGUUCUAACCAGUCUGCUUCCUUAGCAUGGGAGGAAGGGAGGGAGGGAGGGAGGGAGGAAGGAAGGAUGAAUUAGCUCUGCUUACUUCAUCCUCAUCUUUCUUAAAGUGAAACCGAAGGUAGAAUUCUGAAGGUGACAGGAAGCUAGUCACUAAGGACAUGCAAAAUAGCCACCACCCCCUCCCAUUUGAGGAGGAGAGAGGAAGCAGAGGGGAGGAGUGUGGAGAGUGUUGGGUGGUGUUACAUAAAAUCUGCUAUACAGCUUCCCAUGAGGAACACUUUAAUUCAUGGUUAAUUCUACUUUUACCACAAAGUACAGACUAAUACUUUAAAAAUAGGACCUAAAAAUAGCUAAUCACUUGAAGACAUUUCCAGUCCAUUGUAUCAGUCACCUGUCUCAACUGUGUGGCUUCCCCUCCAGCAAACAACUGCUCUACCCAUGCAUUGCAGCUUUUCUUAGUGAUGAAAACUUCACAGGGGCAGGCAGCCAGUGGGCCUGAAGGAAAGGGAAGGACAGGGCAUUAUGUGUCUUUGCUGGAUAAUCCUGUGCCAACCUGACACAAACCAGUAUCCUCCGAAAGGAAGGAAUCUCAACUGAGAAAAAAUGCUUCCAUAAGCUCCAGGUGAAGGGUAUUUUCUUAAUUAGUGAUUGAUAGGGGAGGGCCCAGCCCACUGUGGGUGGGGACGCCCUUGGGCUGAUGAUCCUGGGUUCUAUAAGAAAGCAGGCUGAGCAAACCAGAGGGAGCAAUCCAGUAAGCAGCACUCCUCCAUGGCUUCUGCAUCGGCUCCUGCCUCCAGGUUUCUGCCCUGUUUGAGUUCCUGUCCAAAACUUCCUUUGGUGAUGAACAGCAAUGUGCAAGUGUAAGCUGAAUAAACCCUUUCCUCCCCAACUUGUCUUUUGGUCACGGUGUUCCGUUGCAGCAAUAGAAACCCUAAGACAAGUUGGUACAAGAAGUGAGGUAUGGCUGUGACCACCUGACCGUGCUUUGGGAAAGAUUACUGAAGGACUUGGGAACUUUGGACUAGAAAAGCCAUUGAGUGUUGAGAGCUCAGUGAGCUGCUCUGUAGGAGCUUGGAAGAUAAGAGUAUUGGGAGCAGUGCAGAAGAUGGAGGCCUGCCUUGUGAAGUUUCAAAGGGAAAUUUAAAUACUCAACGGGUCUGUUUGCUAUAUGAAUUCUGUCGUCCAGUCAGCCGGGGCGGAAGAGUCAGCACUGAUUAAUGAGAGACCCCACAGUACCUGAAUGCCUCAAAUCCUCAUAUUUCUCAUCAACACAUACUAGGUUUGCCCUUGUUUCAUACUGGAAGAAGCCUUAGCCCUCCACCAAUCCAAGCUCUGUAUGGAGAAUGUAUAGAGAUGGCCCCAAAGAAGUAAAUGCCUUUGGAUCGUCAAGUCCUCUGUAGUAUCUGCUUAUCGCCUCCACACACCGCUAAGGUAUUUUAAACCAUGUUCUAGGAUCCUUGAAUUACCCAGUACAACAUGUAAAUAGCUAUGCUGUUUGGUUAGGAAGUAAGAAAAAAGUCUGUACAUGCUCAUUUCAAUUGUACUAUUGUCCAAAAAUCUCAAAUCUGCAGUGGAUUGAGUCCAAAGAUGCAGAAGUGGCAGGGCACUAUGGUGACAAGGACGUGUCUUUUCUAAAAUCUCAAACUCAUGCCUUUUCCCCAAGCCUCACAGUAUUAUAGCUCAAUUUAAAAUACUUAGGGUAUUCAUGAAGAUUCUCGAGUCCAGAAGGGAGGGGCUGGUGGUACAUAGACCGCCACCGAGUGUAAGAAGGGCAGGGUCUGACCCGCAUCGAUUAGUUCUUGUGUCAAGUUUAAAGUGCGUGGUAUCGCAGGUGCCGUAGCGCCCCCCUCCAGUCUUUACCUCACCAGGAUCUUAUGCAAAGGUUCUGAUGAAUAAUUCAGUCCUCAUAAAUGAACACGAGGCAUUAUUAAUUGGUGAGGACAUAUUCCCGUAUAAGCUCCCUGUGGCUUGUCAAUUAAUACUUUACAGUUCAUGGGAAGAAGUGUUUUUAAUAUGAUCCAUGGCAGAGAUGUAGGAACAAGAUAAUUACACAGAUGUAUUUCCCUGGAAGAAGGAACUGACAAGAGGGGAUCAAGUACACAUGUAAUUUUGCAUAUUUAAAUUCGUGUGGCCUAAGGGCCAGGUCUUACUCUGGAUCAUAUAUUCAUGUUUAAUUAUUGAAAAUGUUUACAGCUUGUUUUUAAUGAAGCCUGUCUAACGAGGGAAUCCCAGCUAAGGGAUUUAAAGUUGAGGAGAUUAACUCCCCAUCUACUUAUCUUUUAAUUGGUUUUUUUUAACUCUUAUUUUUACUAAAAUUGAAGUACUCAUCUUGUAUUCUGCCUGCAUACCUGCUUUAUUUUUAAGUUAAGAUCAAAUAAAAAUACAUAGCAAAUUUACUUUCA